UUCGUACCUAAAUAUGUAUAAAUUCAAAAUACGUAAUAAAACCGCCAUAUAUCUCGAUCAUCGAGAAUUAAUUAAUAAUAUGUAUAACAAAAAUAUUGCUGAAGCAGAAAAAAUUUGUGAAUUACAAAAGGAGCUAUUCCAUUUCCAUGAACGAGGGAAAGAUAUUGACGGCCACAGUGUGACGCAGAAACCAAAGACUGAAGCUAAGAAUGUCCAACAGGCAAACGACCAAACUAAUGCAAGAAAACGAAAGUCAAAAAACAUUAAAGCGAUUACAGAGCUUACCCAUUUUCAAGCCGUAACAGAAGAUAUUUUGCAGCACCUCAGGCAAUAUAAACAGUUCCAACUAAUCGAAAAACACACUGAUAAUAGUUUUCCACGAUAUUGGGAAGAAAUUACUGCAGAAGAUUUUCCCAUUUUUAAUGGCGCGAACAACACUACCGCAUUCCAAGACUGUAAGUUUGGCGCGCUUUCUUACAUCAUACCACCACAAUGCAAGUUUUUCAACUGUCAGGUAGAAGAGUUAACAAAAUUGCUGCCACAAUUAACAGCAAAUUCAGGAGGUUACGACCUCAUUGUAUUAGAUCCACCUUGGCGCAACAAGUAUAUUCGGCGUUUAAAGCGUGCGCGUCAAGAACUUGCUUAUAAAAUGCUUAAUACCGAGCAACUAAGUCAAAUGCCUAUGCAGCAUCUAGUGCAUAAACUUAGCAUAGUGGCCAUAUGGUGUACAAAUUCCAGUGAACUUCAACGUGCUAUUGUUGAGGAGUUACUGCCCAAAUGGAAUUUACGCCUAUUGCAAAAAUUAUACUGGUUGAAAAUUAACACUAACGGCAAACUAAUUGGACCCAUCGACACAAGUGGUAUGAAGAAGCAGCCCUUUGAAAUGCUAUACAUAGCGUGCCAUUUGGAAAGUGAACCAGAUUUUGGCGCUGUUUUGCAAAAUGUUACAACGAUUCUGAGCGUACCAAGUAUUGUGCACUCACACAAGCCGCCACUGCUGCCUUGGCUUAAGGAAGUGCUACCGGAAAACCCCAAUUGCUUAGAGAUAUUUGCGCGUUAUUUGCAGCCCCAAUUCACAUCGAUUGGAUUAGAAGUAUUGAAAUUAAUGGAUGAACGUCUAUACACAAAGUGCAGUAAAAGCGUAGUAUAAAUUAAAUUAAGUAAUACAUUUUAAGUUAUUUUUCAUUUUAUUGUUAAAUGUUAAUGAGAAAGUGUACAUUACAUAUAUGAAGGCGACGUUGAUCUUGCAAUUCGUCACAAGCGUUUACGAUAUAGUUCAGUAGCGUACGGUAAAUUAUUUAAAGCGCAACUUUUGUGUUUAUUUUGUUUCAUUCACUUUUAAUAGAACUCAAAUACAAAUUUUUUAAGAAUCAAUAAAGAGUGUGUGUUUAACAGAAACACAGUGUAAGUGAAAGUAUUUAAAUAUUUUUUUUUUUUUAAUUUGUUU